CUUUUUUCUCUCCUCACCUUUUGCCCUUUUCCCCAGUGACAUCGAAGUUGCAUAAUAGCAACCCAACUUCUCCCCACCUUUUCACACACUUUUUUUUCCUCCUCCCUGGCCUUUUACAUCGCCCUUGACUUCCGUCGGACACUUCCUCAUCCCGUGGCUGCAUACUGCAGAAAUCGGCGCUGCGACAUAUCGCCCUUCUCUGACGCCUCCGACUCUACUCCAUCCGCCCAUCUAUCUAAGAUUGACUACUUGGACUGGCCGACCUGUCUGUCCGAGUUUUUGUCUCUCUCAUUACCCGGAAAUCCCAUACCUCCAGUAUUCAAAGGCAUAGGAAGGCUGUUUAACAGUCUUUCCUAUCUGUGCUUUCGAACCUUCCACCCUGGCGCUCGAUAGCGACGUUCACUCUCCUCCGGCCUUCAAGUUGGCGGGCUCUACAAUCUUCUCCUUCAUUCGCCCUUUGCUAGGCACCUCCUGCAUGGUCUUCACCGGCGCUACAACUCGACCUCCGUAACUGGCCCUUCGGAGCUGCAAACCCAUCCCUGGCCGUACCUGGCCUGGGGAUAUACCAAUAUUCUUUAUUUGAAAAAGAGACGGUUCUGGCUGUUUGGAUACCUUGGAGCACCUUCUUCCCUGGCUGGCGACUCUUUCGCCGUCGCAUCUUACAAAGUGGCAUAAUUAGCGCAUUGGUUGCACUGGAUACAGUGCCGACGAGGCUGUUGGAGUCUGCAUCAGAAGGAAAGUUCGGCUCAAAAUGUCGUCGUCUGGGUCAUCGCCAGAAGAGAAGAUGGACAGCCGCUAUAGUACCCCAGCCCCUGAGCUGGAUGACCAUCGAAACACAUUGGGUGUCCAUCCCGCGCAUGUCACUUUGACUGUGCCCGCGGUUGAGCUACAAGUGACCACGCCGAGACCCAGCGCUAUGGAAGAACGAGACCUGGCCUCUGUGGACAACGCGUUGCUGAAAACGCGGGAUCAAGAGAGACAUCCAAUCACUCGCGACUUUGAGAAUGCUAUCGAAGAUGACGACAAAAGCGAUGUGGAAUUUGACGGGCCACAAAGCAGCCUCAGGCGCCCGUCUCUUCAUGCUAGGAGAUAUACGAACAACCGCGAGGGUCGUACCCGUCUUCCGCGAAACGAUCGUUCACGAGAGAGCUCGUCCUCCCGAUCGACUUCGCCAGCCAACUCCAUUGAAGCCUUUGCCGAACCACGCCGCCGACAACGCGCCAAUACUGCCGAAAGCCAUGCGUCCUCACUCCUGGAGACUUUCCGAAAUCGCACCUACUCAAACGGCACCAAUCAAAGGCGUCCGACGCUGAGUAAUAUUAGCAUCCCGCCUGCUCUUACUCUGCGCACGGACAAGGACGCCAGCGAGGACGUGACCUUCCCAACCGACGAGGAACCUGGAAAGACCUACAAGAUUGAUUUCGAGGAACUCGAGGAGUUCGUCGCCCUCUGCGCACAGGGCAAGAUUCCGGACGACCAGGUUACCGAGGUCUCAACCGACAGCCGGGCCUUUGUGGAUCUUCGACAACACCAUGGCCACGCUGGAGAACCAGAUGCCGUCCUCAACGGCGAAUGUUUUUAUGAGAAACCGGUGACGCACCACGAUUCGAACAACGGCCAGCCUUCCUCGUCCGAAGAGGAGGUCAUUAUCCGAACAACUCGUCCUGCGCCAGAGCCCGUUGACAGGUUCUUCCUGUUUACGUCUGAAUUGACCCAAGGUCAGCGUGCCAAGAAGCUGGGCGAUUUUGUAGCCGAUGGCACCACAUUCCGUGAUCUGUUCGAGGUCGGACCUGAUGGUGGUGUAUGGUGGCUUGACGUCCUGAAUCCCACCAGAGCCGAGCUUGCUGUCCUUUGCAGGGCAUUCAAGAUCCAUCGCCUCACUCAGGAAGAUAUCGAGACACAAGAAGCUCGCGAAAAAGUCGAAUUGUUUUCGCAAUACUACUUUGUCUGUUUCAGGUCAUUCAACAUGGACCAAGGCCAUGAAGACUUUCUCGACCCGAUCCACGUCUAUAUUGUCGUCUGUGGUGAUGGAGUGCUGAGCUUCAGUUACAGCCCCAACCCACAUCCGAAGAACGUGCGCAAGCGGAUCGCGAAGCUGGGUGAUUUCCUCUCCCUUGGCCCGGAUUACAUUUGUUACGCCAUGAUCGACGACAUCGUCGACUCCUUCGCGCCUAUCAUUCGCGAUGCCGAGCAAGAAUCCGAGAACAUCGAGGACCAAGUGUUUAUUGCACGUGAGGAUGACUUCCUGGCUCUGCUCAGGCAGAUUGGCGAAUGCCGCAAGCGCGUCCUUAACAUGAUGCGGCUGUUGGGCGGCAAAGCGGACGUCAUCAAGGGCUUUGCAAAGCGCUGCAACGACCAGUACCAGAUGACCCCUCGUGGUGAUAUUGGGUUGUACCUGGGCGACAUCCAAGAUCACGUCGUGACGAUGAUGUCGAACUUGGGCCACGUGGAGAAGAUGCUAUCUCGCUCACACGCCAACUACCUUGCCCAGCUCAAUGUGGACAACAUUCUAAAGGGUAACCACACCAACAAGAACCUGGCAAAGAUUACAGUUUUGGCGACCAUUCUCGUGCCCUUGAAUCUGAUAACCGGUCUAUUUGGCAUGAACGUCAAUGUUCCCGGCAAGAACACCGAGGGCUUGUAUUGGUUCUUUGGCAUUCUUGGGGGCAUCGGCGUGUUCGUCGUGAUGAGCCUGCUUCUUGCACGACGACUACGGGCGAUCUAAAACAUGGGAUUACUGUUAUCCUGUUUCGUAUGUACUCGCGAUGUGCAUUUUGUCGUUGCUGUUUCUCUUUUUGGUGGAUUCUUAUCUCGCUUUGCGUUGAUCUCUCUGUCCGGCACGAUGUGCUGUAUGUCUGUGGGGCGACCAGGCAAUUCGCCUCUACAGGACAGACACUACCCGUUAGAGCUAUCACUUAUGUCAGUACAGCAGUGGGAUUGAUAUAUUGAUCUCUUUGACGCGUUAUCUGAGUGGGGAUAGAGUUGUGCAUAGAGUUUAUAGUUUAUGAGUUACUGUAGUCGCCAAUGAUGUUGCAAAGACCAGUCCAAGUUUCUUGUCUUGUUCUCGAUUGUAUAGUUCGUGUCAUGG